UUACAUCAUGAAUUUUUAAAUUCCAACCAAAUAUUUGCAUUUGAUUUUGACUUAGGAGCAGCCUAUAUAAAACCAGUUACCUAAAAUCCAGGGUCCAAUAUGUUGAGAUAUAGCCCCCAUCGAUACCCUUUAACCAACAUUAUUCUAUAGUAGAACAAUCCCCAAAAUAGGCUGCAAUCUUCCUUAGAAGCAUUUUGUCGAACAUCUCAUGAGCAUUGUCUAGAAAAAAACACAACUACGCGGGCAGGAAGCUGGAUGAUCCUCUCAACGACAAGAGUACAAUCACGAGAGAAAAAAAUCACAUUACAAUUCGAGAAGAAGAUCAAAAGAGCUUACGAUCUCAAAUUCACAACUGAGAAAAAGUGAUAGAAAGAUGGAGACUUGGCUUUGGUGAUAAAGUGGGCAACAAGGUUACAAAUAAAAAAUGGGUUUCUGGGUUUAUUUGUUUAGAGCUUCAUCAAGGCAGUAAUUAUCUUUCCAGCUAGUAGAAAAGUUUGGGAGUCCUAUUUCAUUCAGAAGUUGAAGUUUUUUUUUUUUUUCCUAAACAGCACGGACAAGAGGAGAAAGCGCAAUUAUAAAAGUUUGGGGUUUUACUUGAUCUCUUUCAGUCAAAGAAGAUAAUGGACAAGAGGAGAAAUAGUAAAGGCGGCCAACGAUCAAGAAGAGGCAUUCUACUUGAUGAUGAUGAUGAUGCUAGAGGUGAUUCGCAGAAUUUCUGGGGUCCAUGCAGGACUCUUCAUGAUUACUUCAUAGAUUUGUCAGGAAAAAGGGCAUCGGUGAGAGAGGAAGCACUUUCAACAAUUCUCAAGGCUUUAACUCUCAACAUAGAGCAAAAAUUUGUAGAACUGAAUUUUGUAACACUAGUGUAUCAAUGCUUGCAUUUCAUUAAAAAGGGUUCUCCUACAGAGAUGAAGCAAGCAGCACAUAUUAUUGGAUUGCUGUCAAUGAUUACUACUACUGUUGAGAAGGUGCACGAAGCAUAUGAAGAUGUGUUGACUGCACUUUCCCAGGGAGGACUAAAACCUAAGCUUAAAACCUUGGAGAUUCUUGGUUGCUUGACUGUUGUUACAUUUUUCGGUGCAAGCAACUCGGAUGAGACUGAAUCAGUAAUGAAGCUACUUUGGGACUUAAUUAAUCCUGGAACUGACUCUAGUAUUGAAAGGAAAGAUUCACCAGCCGUUUUAACUGCCAUGAUAUCCGCUUGGUCCUUUCUUCUUUCUACCAUUGAUGGGUGGAGGCUAAGUCACAAAAAUUGGCAAGGGGCAAUUACAUAUUUCUCCAACAUAAUAGACAGUGACGAUGAAGAACUAUGUGCAGCAGCAUGUGAGGCUCUUGCUUUAGUAUUUGAAUCCAACUGUUUGGAGAAAUUCUCAAGUGCAACCAAGGAUUCAAACAAAGAACUUAAGGACAACAUUAUAAAGCAACUCAGAAGCCGGUUGUCAGAAACAGGCAAUGAAAGAAUUUCUAGUCAAGAUCCAAGAACAGGGUUCAAUUCUGCUUCGGCUGCUUUAGAUUUCCUAGAGGAUAGGAAAUGUGCAAAUACUCAUGUGACAAUUGGUGGGCAGAAACUCAUUUUAUCAACAUGGUCUCAAAAAGUACAGCUAAAGUUUUUGAAGCAUUUUCUAAGAAAUGAUGGAUUCGUGAAGCAUAUGAUGGAAAAUGAAAACUUCCAUAAUGUUUUCGACUUCCAUCCGAAAAGAAGGAAUGAUUGGGGCAAUGUACUAUAUGUGCCCGAAAGAGAAGAGGUUACUAUUUUGCUUUUCCGACCUAUGGUUGCUAGACACAAUGAUUGCUCUCUGCUACCAUCCCUAACCAGAGACAAGCAGUUAGCAAAGAAGAAGACCAUGUCUCCCAAUUCCCACUUGAGCAAGGCAAGGACUCAAUUACUUAAAAAACAGCGAGACUUAUCAUUAAAGGAGAGAGAGUUUGAUUGCUUUGACUACUGAUGAGUUGAGGUUAUGUUGAUGCAAUUUAUUCUUGCAGGCUGCAGCAUUUUUUAAAUUAUAGCUUUGAUUAGAGGAUGAUCAUUGCGAUACUUGUUUAGGAGGCAUUCACUAGUUAUUUUUCUUUAUUUUUUUAUUUAUUCUUUCAUUCUUGAUAUGAAUGGCAAGUAAGAUUUUUGUAUUUGUUUGCAUAUCUGCCAUAAUAAAGUUUGAUUUUAUAUUUUUUAUAUUUAUUUUUCAUGUUUGUUUUACAAUUUAUGUUUUUCUCAAUAAAAGUAAGUAGAUAAUGAGUUUA